AUGGAAGAUAUCACUCAUAUGAAUAGUGCCAAAAAUCUUGUCAAUGCUACAUUUGAGUCUGGCACCAUAGUUCGCUUUUGUGCUUUUGACGGUUGCAAACUUCUUAAGAACGUAUUUAUUCCUCAUCUUUUGACAAUAGAAGCAGACGCUUUCUCAGGAUGUUCAUCUCUCGAGACUAUCAGUUUCGAAGAAGUUACAAGUAUCGGUUUGCAGUCUUUCAGUGAUUGCACAUCUCUUGAGACUAUCAGUUUCGAAGAAGUUACGAGUAUCAAUACUCGUUCUUUCAGUGGUUGCACAUCUCUUCGAAAUGUAUUGCUUCCAUUGGUGACACUCAUACCAGAAGAAUGUUUUAAAGAUUGUACAAGCCUUACAGAUAUCAACAUUCCUCUAUGCAAAAACAUUUCUAAAAACGCAUUCAAUGGAUGCAAAUCUCUCAACAACCUAAUAUUUGAAAAUGCAAUAUUUAUAAUGGAUUCGGCAUUUAAAAAUUAUACUUCUUUGUUUUCAAUUUAUUUACCAUCGGUUAUUGAAAUAUCAGGAGAUAAAGUAUUUUACAAUUGUUACAAUCUUUCUGUCAUUGAUCUUUCAAUUUUAUCUAAAGUUAAUAUUUUCUCAACUCAGCUUUUCUCAGGUUGUCCAUUAACUGACAUUUAUUUUGGAGAAAAUCCACCAGACCAAUUCCGCUCAUUGAUAUCAUUUGCUUCUACUACUGUUCAUGUUCCAUCUUACUAUUCCUGGGCUAAUUACAUUCCUCAGUCAAAAGAAAUCUCCCCUGGCACAUACAACUGGCACAAAUUUAUUUUUAACUACACUUACAUUCCAUCACCUACACCUAUCAUUCUUCCUACCCCAACUCCAUCAGCUAUUCCGACACCACUUCCAUCACCUGAACCAACUCCACUUCCAUCACCUGAACCAACUCCACUUCCAUCACCUGAACCAACUCCACUUCCAUCACCUGAACCAACUCCACUUCCAUCACCUGAACCAACUCCACUUCCAUCACCUGAACCAACUCCACUUCCAUCACCUGAACCAACUCCACUUCCAUCACCUGAACCAACUCCACUUCCAUCACCUGAACCAACCCCAACUCCAUUACCAGCUCCCACAUCAACUCCAUUACCUGAACCAACUCAAACUCCAUCACAUGAACCAACUCCGCUUCCAUCUGAUUCGCCAGUCCCGAUAUCUCCAACUCCGGAUAAUCAGAGAUCUGGAAAGGUUAUUGCAAUUUCUGUAUCAAUUUCCAUCAUUGUAAUUGCAAUUAUUGUAAUAAUAGUAGUUAUCUUAAUGUUUUAUCGAAGGAGAAAAGUUGAUUCUACCAUUUACACAGAAUCUCUUAUAACUCAAUCCUACACAAAUAACUAUUCUGAAACUUUAAAUUAUCAUUUAAAACAGAAAAAUAGCCUCAAUUGGAAUGCAACAUUAUUUGAUAUUCUUACUUUUUACCAGAGAUGA